GCCCGCUCAGUACACGCCCGGCUCGGCCGCCUGUGGGACGCAGUGGCCGCGGCGCUGCUCUCGUCGCCUUUGUGUUCGGGCAGCGGCAGCGGCCUGUCGGCUCCUUACCCGGGGCCUGCCCCUCUCAGGUCCGCCUGCAGCUUCGGGGCCCGGCUCCAGAUCUCUGCCGGCCGCGGGGCCGGCUUCGGAUGUUCAGCGGCGCGUUUGCCGGUCGCGAAUCAUGUCGGCGGCGGGAACGGGAACAGGGGUGGAGGCGGGCUUCUCCAGCGAGGAGUUGCUGUCGCUCCGCUUCCCGCUGCACCGCGCCUGUCGCGACGGGGACCUUGCUGCACUCUGCUCGCUGCUCCAGCAGACGCCGUGUGCUCACCUGGCCGUCGAAGACUCCUUCUACGGCUGGACGCCCGUACACUGGGCCGCACACUUCGGCAAGUUGGAGUGUUUAAUACAAUUGGUGAGAGCUGGAGCCACUCUGAAUGUGUCUACCACACGGUAUGCCCAAACACCAGCCCAUAUCGCCGCUUUUGGAGGACAUCCUCAGUGCCUCAUCUGGUUGAUUCAAGCAGGAGCCAACAUUAACAAACAGGAUUGUGAAGGAGAAACUCCUAUUCAUAAGGCAGCUCGAUCUGGUAGCCUAGAUUGCUUAAGUGCCCUUGUGGCUAAUGGAGCUCAUAUCGACCUAAGAAAUGCCAGUGGCCUGACAGCAGCAGACAUUGCACAAACCCAGGGUUUUCAAGAAUGUACCCAGUUUCUCUUGAACCUCCAGAAUUGUCAUCUGAACAGUUUCUAUAAUAAUGGCACCUUAAAUGGGGUUCAUCAGAAUGUAUUUCCUAAUCAUAUUAGUAUGGGAACAAAUCGAAAGAGAUCCUUGGAAGAUUCGGAAUCCAUUGGAGUAAAGAAAGCUAGAAUGGAAGCUCAAAGCUUCGAUUAUUCCAUGCCAGUAGUGAACAGUGAAACAGAAGAUGAUGCUGACAAAAUGCACAUUGAUAGAGAGUUUGCUGUUGUAACAGAUAUGAGAAACAGUAGCUCCGUAUCGAAUACAUUGACAAAUGGAUGUGUCAUCAAUGGACAUUUGGACUUCCCCUCCACGACUCAGAUCAAUGGGAUGGAAAACAGAAAUGACCAGUGCUUAACAGGAUCUAAUGGAAUUAGCAAUGGAUUAAUUCCAGGACUGCCAUUUAUGAGUAGCCAGGGUUCUCUCUCUGUUAAUGACACUGAGGAGCCAGAAAAGACUAUGAGCAUUAACUCUGAAAUGUGUGGGUCUCUGCACCUGAAUGGGAGUCCAAGUAGCUGUGUAGCUAAUAGACCUUCCUGGGUAGAAGAUAUUGGGGAGAAUUUGCACUAUGGACAUUACCAUGGGUUUGGGGACACUGCUGAAAGUAUCCCUGAGCUUAAUAGUGUUAUAGAGCAUUCUAGUUCUGUUAAAGUGGAAGAGAGAUACGACAAUGCUGUCUUGAGUACAAUGCACAUUUAUCAUGGCUCUUAAAAAUUAUGGCCUAUCUUUAAUCUGAAAUACAUUAAUCCUUCCUAUUAACCAAGUCAAAAUAUUAAUGUAGCAUUAAUUUGAAGGAAUGUCACAACUUGUACUAUUUUUUAUACUUUAAUUGACUGACAAAGUCAACCUUUUCUUUGACAAGGUAGUCCUAGUUUAUGCAUGAGUAGGGCUUAUUUAGUAUAUGGAUGUUUCUACAGUGAGGUGUUGGUCCUUUCAUAAGAUGCGCUUUUGGAAUUAAUUUUUCUGUCACCAAACUCAAUAUUUCCUUUUUAGUACUAUCAUCAGAUAUUGCUAUUUUUCCUUUUGUCAAAUUAAAUUAUAUCUGACCAAAAUAAAUUAAGAGGCUGUAGUAAGUGAGGUGCCUGGUAAUUUAUCUAUAUGUGCACAUGUACAUCAUUUUGAAGAGCUUGUGCUUCCUCUUUCCUGUUGAAUUUAUGACACACAGCUAUUUCCCUAUGCAAGGAACAGCCUUACAACACAUUUCUUGCAUUGAUCUAUAUGAAGAAAAGAGCUUUUGUCUCUUUCAAUGUUGUUUGAAGUUACCUUUGCAAUUUGCCAUGUGGUUUUAAUUAUAAACACAAAUAGUGUAAAACACAAUACUAUAAAUGGUCUUCCUUCUUUAAUGAUGUAAAGUAGAUCACUGCCUUGUUUGUUGAAAACCAAGGUCAGCCUAGGACUUACUUCUGAUUUAUUGCAUUUUUAUUCUGCACUUCCUACUUUGUCCUUAGAAUUUUUGCCACAGAUAAUGGCUUUCUUUAUAUGUAGUGGACAUUACUAUUUGUAGGAACUAUCAGGUCAAAAUGCUUAAUUAUUUUGACAUAUUUUUUUCUUAUUUUUAUUUUUUUGGGGGUUUUCUGCUUUAAAAUAUAUGCCAGUAUGUAUAUCCAGUUAGCUGAGAGAAUUUUUGAAUCUUGUAAUAAAGCUGCAUUAAGAUUACGGUUUUAUAAAAAUUAGCUUUUGUUUAGGCAACUAGUGGUUACACUGUGCAAAUAUUGUAAUGAAUUUGUACUUUUCUGAUUUUGUAAUAAAAAUUGGUGAAGCUAGAGAAAAUAUCAAAGGUAUAAACCAAUGUUCUAAGAGUGUUACUGACAUUUUGUUUUAAAACUAUCCUUUACAAAUUGAAUAAAAACCUCUUAUGCUCAA